CGGGGAGCGGACAGAGCGUGACACGCUUAUCCAACAGCAACAAUGUGAAAAGAAGGCUCUUUGACCAUGGUGUGAGGGGAUAAACCAAAAUGGCCAACCGCCGUCUUCCACUAGUCUUGUUAGCCUGUGGCUCCUUUAAUCCCAUCACUAACCAGCACAUGAGGCUGUUUGAGCUGGCCAGGGACCACAUGCACAGCACAGGCCAGUACCAGGUGGUGGGUGGCAUCGUGUCUCCAGUGAGUGACGGCUAUGGAAAGCAAGGCCUGGUACAUGCUAAGCACCGCAUUGCUAUGGCACAGCUGGCGCUCCAAAGCUCCAACUGGGUCACAGUUGAUGAAUGGGAGAGCCGGCAGCCAGACUGGACGGAGACGGUGGUCACUAUGAGGUAUCAUUAUGGGCGUAUUCUAAAAGAGUAUGAGCAGAGCGCAGGAAUGCACAACUCCAGCAGAAACACCACUCCCCUCUCAACCCCCUCUCCCCAGCUGAAGCUCCUGUGUGGAGCUGAUUUCCUUGACACAUUCAAGAUCCCGGGCUUGUGGCGGCAUGAGCACGUGGAGGAGUUAGUCGGGCAUUUCGGCCUCGUCUGCGUCAGUCGAGGCGGGCUGCAGCCCGAGCGGGCCGUGCACGAGUCGGACACGCUCUCCCGCCACCGACAAAACAUUUUCCUGGUGAGGGAAUGGGUAAGGAAUGAGACGAGCGCCACAGAGGUGCGGCGGGCUCUGAGACGGGGUCUGAGCGUGAAAUACUUGAUCCCAGACUCGGUGAUAGAAUAUAUUCACCAGCACAACCUUUACACAGAGGACAGCGAGAGGAGAAAUAAGGGAGCGGUGCUGAGGCCCCUCACCAAGCAAGCACAACAGCCAGUGAAGAGUUUGGAUGACGUUCUGCACUCCACCGCAAGUAGCCGCCCACAGCAGAGCUCCUCAGUGACUGGAAGUAGAGGAACCAGCAGAGACACAGCCAACAUGCCUGCUGAUCUCAACGGAUAUUGGAAAAUGAUUUCCAAUGAUAACUUUGAAGAGUACAUGAAGGCUCUCGAUGUGAAUGUUGCCAUCAGGAAAAUUGCAAAUUUGUUGAAGCCUGACAAGGACAUCGUCCAAGACGGGGACCACAUAACCAUCAAGACCCUCAGCACCUUCAAAAACUACAACAUGGACUUCCAUGUGGGCAAAGAGUUUGAGGAGGACCUGUCUGGAGUGGAUGACAGGAAGUGCAUGACCACUAUCUCUUGGGAGGGAGACAAGCUGGUGUGUGUGCAGAAGGGAGAGAUUGAAGGAAGGGGCUGGACCCACUGGGUAGAAGGAGAUGAGCUUCAUUUGCUCCUCUCUGAAAUCCAUCGCGUGGCCCCCAGUGUGGCCUCGUCACCAGCUGCCACCAUGCCUGUAGACUUCAGUGGGAAAUGGAUACUGGAAACCAAUGACAAAUUUGAGGACUACUUGAAAGCAUUGAAUAUUGACUUUGCUACGAGGAAAAUUGCCAUCUCCCUGUCUCAGACCAAAGUGGUUGUCCAAGAUGGAGACAAGUUUGACUUCAAAACACUGAGCACCUUCAGGAAUUAUGAGCUGGCCUUCACUGUUGGGGUGGAGUUUGAUGAGUACACCAAGGGAUUGGACAACAGAAAUAUCAAGAGUUUGGUGACCUGGGAGGGGGACAAGCUGGUGUGCACCCAGAAAGGAGAGAAGGCCAACCGUGGCUGGAAACACUGGAUCGAAGGAGACAAACUGCAUCUGGAGCUGACGUGUGAAGAUGUGGUUUGUGUUCAGGUGUUCAAGAGAAAAGAAUAAAAGUAGCAAAUAUCUGUUUUUGUUUUCAUUUACUCCAUUGACAAGGUUUUUGUUUGCUCCUCAAUAACAUGUUUUCCCCAACUCACAAAAAAAAUGAAUAAAGGUGCUUUUCAGACAGCA